CACAGAGAGUGCAGAGCUGCAGCUGCACAAGUGUUUGUGGAGAUUUAUAGAGACAAGAACACAAUGAUGAGGAUCAGCCUGCAAACUCUGAUAACAUGUUUACUGUUGUGCCGUGCAGUUACAACACAGGCGGAAAAUACAACACCAAUAUCUCCAUUGCCCUCCUCAGCAGCAACAGUCCCUCCUACCGAUUCACUGAACCCUGAGACCAUGUUGACCACCAUCAGCUCCUCGCCUACAACUUUGAAUUCAUCAUUUACACAACAGACCGAGUCAACUUCUGAUGGCACCAAUAAAAAUUCCUCCAGUCCCACUCCGUCCAUCAGCAGUACAGCUUCCACCUCGUUGACAGCUACAGCAGAGAUAAACAACACUUCGAACUCGACAACGUCAACAGCACAAACUGUGCUCACGUCUUCCUCACCUUCUUCAUCAACCCCAUCAUCCUCAUCUACCACAGCCCAAAUCCAGGAGACUAGCACCAGCACCAACGGCACCAGCACUGGUCCUGGCCCCACCCUCAACACUACACACAACACAACGCCCCCUGCCACUGCUACUGCUACUGCAACUGCAACUGCAACUGUAACUGCAACUGCCACCGCCACUGCCACUGCAACCACAACCCCCAGCGCCACUGCCACUGCCACUGCCACUGCAACCACAACCCCCAGCGCCACUGCCACUGCCACUGCCACUGCAACCACAACCCCCAGCGCCACUGCCAUUACCACCAGUACCAUCCAAACUACCACACUGGUUGAUGAAGGACACAAGUCCAAGGCUCUGAGCUCAGGAAGUAUCGCAGUCAUUAUUUGUGUGUUCAUUGUAACCGUCACCCUAGUGUUAGUUGGGCUGUACUACUACAAGGUCCGGCGGACAUCCUAUGGCCCUCUACUGGAAAACAACGAACGCAGCACUUUGGGAAACUUCAGCAACCCCAUGUAUGACCCUUGAAUCUGAACUUUUAAGGUCUGACUCGCAAAGUCACCACUCAUACCGAAAGUCCUCAGUCUGCAGAAGCUGAGUGUAUUUGUAGUUUGUGCGUAAUAAGUUCUGAACAGGCGCACAUUUUAUAACUGUGACAUGCGGCCUGAUCACUUGACUGCAAAAUACAAAACAAAUGUGACAUUUUUAUUGAUCUUUGUCCAAGUAGCCUAAUUUUUGUUACACUUUAAGUGUAGUACAAUUGGCCUAAAAUUGCAGUUUUUACUCAGGUAGCUUUGCAAACAGCUCUAGCUGCAUAUAGACAAAACGCACAAUCAUAUUACCAAAAUGAAAGUAUAAAUUGUUGUAAAAGCAAGUGUCAAAUCAGGAGUAUCAUGUAUCUAACAGGGUAAUUGUAAAAUUAAGUCCUCUGUCAACAAGUAUGGAUUAUGUGAACUAAACCAGGAUAUUUUUUACAAUAAAUAAAUUACUGAGCAACUGUAAAAAGGUAGCUCUAGGCAAUAUUUAGGAAUGGUUAUUAAUGACUAAGAUCUGUCAGUGAUGUUUUCCGCUGUCGGGGAGCAGCAAUGGAAACUGAGAAUUAGAAUUAAAAAAAUGGUCACCAAAAUGUGUGACAUACAAAGGUAGAAAAAGCCUGAAUUUAUGCCUGAAAUGCAAAUAAUGUAGUUAUGCAUAAUGACACAAAAUGUUCCUUCAUUUUUAACACUGCUCCUUUAACCACCCACUUAGAUACCUUUUCCUUGGUUAAACUGUGAAAUGAUGAGAUUUCUGUCACAAAAGUGGAUAGAUUUUCUUGUGGCUGUAUCGACGAAGUUCAAAUUUUAGACAGCGCUCAUCGACAAAUGUCCUGCUUUUACAUGCAUGUUCAGAUUCUGCAGAUUAGGAGGAGGUGAAGAGUUAGUUAUUUGGAGGAAAUGGAAAUUCUGAGAAAGCACUGAUAGCACGGUAAUGAUGCAUAACUUUUAUCAAGUGUUUUGACAGCGAGUGGGAGCAUCAACAUAUACACAAGAGGAUAGUUUAAGAGCCUUUUUUUUAUUCAAAGCUUCAAAAAUCACCAUUUUGUCAGUGAUCUCGGAGUCAGACACCAACUUGUUGACAUUCCGGGAUGCUGCUUCCAACAUCACAAUGUUAACAAAAGCACAUGUUUAGGAUG